AUGUACACUGAAUUACAAAAUGAUGAAUGGUGGUGUAUUUUAGCCUUCCUAUGUGACAUUACGGGAAAUCUCAAUAAUCUCAAUUGGAGUUUACAAGGUGAAAUUAAUAUGGCCUCCAAUAUGGCAAAUAAAGUGUUUCCAUUUGAGAAAAAGCUAAGCAUUUCUCAUAAAGAAAUACAGAACAAACAGCUGCAAAAUUUUCAAAUUAUGAUAAACGGUACCAACAUUUCGGAAGAAAACUGCUCCAUAAUUUCAAAUUAUAUAACUGCACUUUUAAACGAGAUUCGAAAAAGGUUUCAAGAUCUAAGAAAAAUAAGAAAAAGUUUGUUACUUAUAGAAAAUCCAUGGCAUUUAGAAACCACAACUAUCUCAGGGUUGGCUUCAGUUUUAAAUUGGAAUUACUCAGAGUUGUUUGAUGAAUUCAUCGGUUUUAAAAACGACACCAAUCUAGAAGUCCUCUUUAAAUAA